AUCUUGGUUUCACACAACAACACAAUCACUGUUGAGAGUGGUUACCAACGACUUAUUUCUCUGCUAAAUCUACUACAUUCGUCAAGCAGAAACAACAAAAAUGUCUCUAGUCGCUGCACACCCAAAACACACAUCGAAAGGAGGUGCACAGGCCGAUGGAUUUUCGACAAAAUCAAGACUGAAGGGCGUCAAGGUGACUGGACCACCGGAUGCUGGUGCAUUCAGAGAGCGACCAGCCAAACCAACUUCGUUUAGGAAAUUCUACGAGCGAGGUGAUUUCCCAAUCGCACUCGAGCACGACACCAAAGGAAAUAAGAUAGCAUGGAAGGUAGAAAUCGAGAAGCUAGAUUAUCAUCAUUAUCUACCAUUGUUUUUUGAUGGGCUUUGCGAGACGACUCACCCUUACGAGUUCUUUGCACGCCAGGGCGUACACGACAUGCUGGAGCAUGGCGGUCCAAAGAUUCUGCCAGUUAUUCCACAACUCAUCAUCCCCAUCAAGAAUGCACUCAGUACGAGAAACAGGAAAGUAAUCUGCACAACGUUGAAGGUCCUGCAGCAUCUAGUGGUGUCAGCCGACAUGGUAGGAGAAGCACUGGUGCCCUACUACAGACAGAUUCUUCCAAUCCUCAACAUCUUCAAGAACCAUAACCUCAACUCGGGCGAUGGCAUUGACUACAGUCAACAGAAGAGAGAAAACAUCGGCGAUCUAAUCCAGGAAACACUAGAAGCUUUUGAAAGGCACGGGGGCGAAGAUGCAUUUAUCAACAUCAAAUAUAUGGUUCCAACGUACGAAUCAUGCAUGCUGAACUAAUUCUAAACUUUACAACAUCAACAUUACAGACUUUUUUUAUUGACUGGCAGAUUGUGAAGGGACUUUUACACAACUAAAUACAGAAGCAACUUGGAAUGUUUAUAUGUCUUUAUUGUAUAGUUGGAAAAGGUUCUGUGAACCAGAAUUUAUUUCACUUGCGUGUGGAUAGUAAGACAUGUUUCAUGCAAUUAUAUUGAGUAAAAAUGGAAAUGUAUUAUUUGCAAUUUAUUGUUGUUUCUUAACCCUGGAAACCUCCAUUUCCAUGGUUCGUAGCUUCAUAACUGUAUCUAUGUUGGUGCCUUCCCCCUCAUUAUUUGUAUCUUUUAUUUUACAUUGUUGCUUCCAUGUAUUGUCACUUACCCUUAGAAUUUAGAACUGGGGAAUUUUUAUUAUUAUUAAUUAUAUAUAUAUUCUUUUCUCAAUUUAGGCCUACUUUUCUCCCAUGCUUUUUAAAAGUAAAUUCUUGAAAAAAAAUGUGUUGUUACAAAUUUUUGGCAGGAAAAAUAGGGAUUACGGGAUAAAUAUUAUUGCACUUGCUUGCAACAAAGUUUUGAAUACAUUUCUGAAGUAUUGUGACCAGGGGUUUCACCAAGGCAGGCCAUACAGAGUCGAGAGAAGUCGUUCUUCUCUAAGGUUUACGAGUAGACUAACAAAUUGUUCACUUGGUCUUCUCAGCUUCACACCAUUCUAAAUAUGGCUGCUUACUCAGAAUGUUGGUGGAACCCCUUAUUAUAACAUAUAUAUUUGGUCCCUCUGAAUCUAUACAUUUUUACUAUUUAAUUGGUAUGUAUUACCAUGGUAAAUUAUAUCAGACAUCUUGGUUUGUUGACCAACUGCCAGGCUGAUGUUUUAUUCUAUUUCUUGGUUUGUUUAAAAAGACAAGUAUCGAUACCAAAUAAUAUAUGGUACUGUUGAACAAAUGCAAUACUACAGCUUAGAUCGUAUCAACCAAUGAGAUAUUUAGAAAAUUCAGCAACUGCUUGUUGAAAAUGUCUUUCACAAAUAUAGUGUCUAUGUGCUUGUACCAAUUUUUUUGCUUUUUAAACUCAAUAUAGAUAUUAGAUUUCAGUCAACUACAAUAUUUCCGUUGUCUCUAAGACAAUUUUUUAAGAUCUCCUUUUUCCCUGUACAUAAUAAUUAAAAAAAAAAGUGGCUGAGGAAAGAUGUAAAUCAAUGUGUACAGUUUUGUUUUGAAAUCAAGUAGUUGUGUAGAUAUUAAUGUAUUUCCAAGUCAUUUGCCAAGGAUAUUUAAUAGUUCUAUAUAUACAUUGUAGUUGGUCUGGCUGUCAUACUGGAGACAUUGGAAAUUUGCAUUUUUAAGUGGAAUAAAUUUAUUUGUGUUUAUCUAAA